AUGGAUAAGAAUACAAUUAAUGCAGCCAAAUCAAUUCCGGCGUUUUACGCUGGACAAAGUAUAUUUUUGACAGGCUCGACAGGAUUUCUGGGCAAAGUACUCAUUGAGAAGAUACUGAGAUCUUGCUCGGAUAUUAAAGAAAUAUUUAUAUUAAUGCGUCCGAAAAAAGAACUAAGCCUUAAUGAAAGAUUUGAAAAAAUGUUGAACUUACCGUUAUACGAUAAAUUACGAGAGGAGCAACCUUCAAAUUUAAAGAAAUUAGUUGCUGUUUCUGGCGAUACCAGUCAAGAAAAUUUAGGUUUGUCGGCUGUCGAUAGACAAAUGCUGACUGAAAGAGUGACUAUAAUAAUUCAUAACGCGGCAAGCGUGAAAUUUAACGAUAGCUUAAAGUACGCCAUUCUUACUAAUACCAGAUCAACGAGAGAUAUAUGUAUCUUACAAUUAACCGAAAGUAUCAAGAAUCUAGUAGUAAUAUAUGUUAGCACAGCAUAUGCACAUUUGGAUAAUCCGUUUAUAGAAGAAAAAGUGUAUCCGCCUAUAGCCGAUUGGCGGAAACUGAUCAAAGUGGCCGAGUCAUUGGAUGAGCAUACCUUGAAUGUUUUUACAGAUAAAUGCUUGAAUAAUAUUCCCAAUACAUAUAUAUUCUCAAAAAACUUAAUGGAGAGUAUAAUACAGGAAUACUCCUCAUCUUUGCUUUGUGCAAUUGUGAGACCAUCCAUGGGUACGUAGAACUUUUGCUAAAUAUUAGAGAGAGAUAGAGAAACAUGAGAUAAAUUUUUUUUUCUCUGAUGCUAUUUGAGCAAAUUGAAAAUAUGCGCUUCUUAUAUUUUGUAGAGAAAGUCUUAAAAUAUAAUAUUUGUAUUAGUCAUACGAAGAAAAUAAAAGACAAUCAAGAG